UUUAAGCAAUUCAGCUGCACAAUGAUGUCUGGUAGCUGGUUUAAAAUAACAGCUGUGGUUGGAAUACUGGUGGUGCUACUAGAGGUAUCCUGGGGUGCAGAAACUUACUGUGAUUUCAGAACAGAUGGAGCUCAGUGUUUUGGAUCUUUGGGGGGAGCAGUCCUCCUCCAGCUGAUGAAUAACAUUUCAGAAAUACCUAAAUAUGAAUGCAAACAUAACACAUCAAAAAUCAUGAGGGGUACAUUCAAUAAUUCUCAACUAAUUGGUCUUCAGAACAGACAUGAUUUCAUUCUCAGUAAUGGUACAUUAAUCAUAACAAACCUGAGCAGAAAUGACAGUGGUACUUAUACUGUGGAAACCUUUGGCUCAGAUGGAAAGAGUUUAGAGAGGAAAACUCUUCAGUUGAAUGUUGAAGCUCCAGUGUCCUCCGUCCAGCUUGUCUCUCAGUGUUUGUCCCAGGGACAGAUAAAUGUGUCCUGUCUCUCUGAGGGAGGGGACAGUCGUCCUCAGUACAGCUGGACUCUGGAUGGACACUCACUGAGAGACUCUGAGCUUUUCUCUGGAAAUAAUGAGUCUAACAUCAUCGUUCUGAGACAGAACAUCUCAGGACGUCUGGUCUGUUCAGUCAGGAACCAAGUCAGUUUCAUCUUGAGGGAAAUACAAAUAUCUACAUGUGUCUUCAUAAACUGUUCUGUGAAUGGGACAGAAAUAUCUACCUGGAUGUUUCAAGAAUAUGACAGCCUAUGUGUUGAACCAACAGGAAACCCUUCACCAGACACACCUAAUAGAAAAGUUAUUCUGGAAUGGUGGCCAGUAGUAGCUGGUGCACUUGGAGCUCUGAUAACUAUCAUAGCUGUAAGCUCUGCAAUCAUCCGUGUCAAGAAGAAGAAAAAAAACAACAGAGUGGAGGAAGAUAAUGUAGAACUGACCAAUGAUAACGGGAGGAGAAGGAGAGAGGAGCAAUCGGUGGACGUCCAAGCAGAGUACAGCCAAGUGACGAAGAAACCUCGGCAUUCUGAUGUUACAUUAUCAGAUGAUGUGUAUGCAAAGGUACAUAAGCAAACCUCAACUAGAUAAAUUCAUGUUGUCUGCAUUAUACUGAAAUCAAGAAAGAAGAGAAGAAUUCAUAACCAAAUAUCUGUUUUUCCUAGAUUUUGAGCGCACAUAUAAGUUAUAUCUUUGUGUCAAAUAAUUCAGUCUUUAAGAUCUGUGACUUUAAAAGCCUUCAAUUUUUUUAACAAGCUAUGUGUCUGUGAACUAGUUUAGAUUUACUGCCUCAAAAAGUUGAUGAAUGUGCUUUUAUUGAUGUUCUUUUCUUGUUUGUAUUGACCGUACAUGUUGAUGAACUGUAAAGUUGAGAUAAAAGUUGUGUAAAGUUGUGUGUCAUCAGUUACAAGUUGUAGCCAACCGUAUUUACAAUCGUCUUAUAUAGAUGUGAUCACAGUAGCUUAGUGUUGCGAAAUGAGCUGCACUGCUCUUAAUACGGAAGAG